AUGUCAAAGGACACAAUCAAAUCUCUUAAAAAGGAGGACGACUUAAAGGCUCAAACCGAGUCUAUAAUGGAAGAACUAAAAAAAGUAAAAGAUCUUGUUGACAGCAAAGAAAUUGAUAUAGCAAAGGGCGACCAUAUUUGCUCGACUUCAAAUAAAGAAACACUUAAGAGCUUAGAAUAUCUUAGCAAAGAAUAUGAUGACCAGAAACGAUUCACCCAAGCGGUAAAGCAACAGAUCUCUCGCCUAGAAACCCGCGUAACUGAGAUAGCUGUGAAGCUCGACAGUCUUUCCAACUCUAUCGAUGAAGUUCAGCAAUACAGCUAUCAAUACAAUAUAAAGUUAAUGGGUAUCCCUGAAAUUAAAGCGAAUGAAUCCGCUACCGAGACAAGUGUACUUUGUGAAAGAAUUUUCAAAGCUAUGGGCGUUCAAGUGUCACUAAUGGACAUUGACAUUGCUCACCGCGUGGCGACAAGAAACCCAAACAGCCGCCGACCAAAACCUAUCAUUUGCAAAUUUGCACGACGCCUCGCACGAGAACAAGUGAUGGCAAAGAGACGAGAUGUACGGAGAAUUGACCCGGCUAGUAUUGGACUACGUCAAGAUUCGUCCUUGAUGGAAGCAGGUAUAUUUGAUCAUCUAACCCCUAGAUUACAACAGCUUUUAGUAGAUGCUAAGAAAUUCAAAAUUGAAAACGAUUAUAAAUUCUGCUGGACGAAAAAUUCCGUAAUAUAUUUACGAAGAUAUGAAGAUUCCCAGCCGAUUAGAAUCAAACAGCGAAGUGAUUUGGAAAGAUUGCCAACAGGAACAAAUUAA